CGUGAUCAGAAGGCGCGCGGAGGACAAGCGCCGCAUGUGUUUCGCUAGAGCUCAUUCAUUCUGCCAAAAGAUCAUCUGAGCAUAUAAACUUAAUCCAGUGUAAAUUAACUCAUCCAAAGGCUAGAGGUUUCAUUUGAUGGAAGAAUGCCAGAUGACACUGUCCGCUGUGCUACCUACACAGUGUCCUGUGAGGACUACGUUCAUGUAGUGGAGUUCAGUCCUUUUAACUGUGGCUCACCUGCCUCGCUUCUUGCUUAUGGAGGAAACCAUUAUGUGGUCGUAGGCGCUUGUCGUUUUAAGGAGGAAGACUCAGAGAUCGAGGAUGUAGAGUUCACCUCUCUGCAAGUGUUCAUGCAUGGAGUACGUGUGGAUGCCAUCGCAUGGAGCCCUGAAACCCGUCUUGACAAGCUCCCUCAGGUCAUCAGGUUUUGCACCGCAGCAGCUGACAGAAAACUCAGGCUGUGGACAUCAGACCUCCAGAACAGAUGUGAUGUAAAGGUGAUGGAAGGCCACACCAGCUACAUUAAUCAUGUUGUGUUUGAGCCUGCAGAAGGAAAGCAAAUAGCUUCUGUCAGUGAUGACCACACUUGCAGGGUGUGGGACCUUGAUGGUAAUGAAACCACUUCGUUUAGAUUGUGUUCCCCUGGCGUAAGCGUCUGUUGGCACCCUGAGGAGAUAUUUAAGUUGAUGGUGGCAGAGAAGAAAGGCACUAUACGGUUCUAUGACCUUGUUUCACAACACGCCAUUCUGUCUCUGGACAGUGGCCAGGUGCCACUCAUGUCAGCUGACUGGUGUCUUACAAACACUAUUAAGGUUGGGGCAGUUGCAUCCAAUGAUUGGGUGAUCUGGGACAUUACCCGCUCCAGUUAUCCGCUUGAGAAGAGACCAGCUCAUGUGGACAGGGCAAGACAUUUCAGAUGGUCAAGGGCAAAUGAGAAUCUUUUUGCUACCACAGGCUAUCCAGGGAAAAUCAGCAGUCAAUUAUUGGUGCAUCAUCUGGGCCAUCCACAGCCUGUUAUGAUUGGUUCAGCUUCUGUGGGAGCAGGGAUAAGCUGGCACAGGACCCUACCACUUUGUGUGAUUGGUGGGGACCAAAAGCUGUUCUUCUGGAUGACAGAGAUGUAAGCUGGGUUCCAGUGUUUCAGAUUGUUGUCAUUUGGAGAAUAUUUCUAUUUUCCUUUUUCUUUUUCAAUAAAGUCAUAUUUUU